AUGGGAAACAACACAGUACUCUUCGUAUGGGGUGUUCCCAGAUUACGUGAGUUCAAAAAGCCCACCCUGAAUAUUGAAAUUGUCGGCGAUUACUUGAUCGCGGAAGCGUCGACCAUCCAGACGCGUGGCCUCGAAGUGUACAAAGGCAUCAACCAAUUCGCCAAAGAGACCACCGUAUUCAACGGUGGAGAGAUCACCCCCAACAAGCCGUCGUGUGGCGAUUAG